AUUUACUUCCGGUGUCAGUUUUCUCAGUGCUCGUAGCACGCUAGUUGCUAGGGAAUGUUUAACGCAUGUGUUUACUGUUUAUUUUCACGUCUGUCUCUUCUUUAAUCUGGGUUCUGAUUUCUUCAAGUGCGGAAACAUGGUUUUCUACUUCACCAGCGCUGUUGUCACACCACCAUAUACCAUCUACAUGGGAAAAGACAAGUAUGAGAAUGAGGAUCUCAUAAAAUACGGGUGGCCUGAGGACAUUUGGUUUCAUGUGGAUAAACUCUCUUCUGCACACGUAUACCUGAGAAUGCCCAAGGGAAAGACGAUAGACGACAUACCCAAGGAGGUCCUGAUCGACUGUGCCCAGCUCGUAAAGAACAACAGCAUUCAAGGCUGCAAAAUGAACAACAUCAGUGUUGUUUACACGCCAUGGGGCAACCUGAAGAAAACCGGAGACAUGGAUGUGGGUCAGAUUGGCUUUCACCGCCAGAAAGAGGUGAGGACUGUGGCGGUAGAAAAGAAAAUCAAUGAAAUCAUCAAUCGGUUGGAGAAGACGAAGGAGGAGAAAUACCCCGAUCUCGCAGCAGAGAAAGAGUCCCGAGACAGACAGGACCGGAAUGAGAAAAAGGCUCAGAUUCAGGAGAUGAAGAAAAGGGAAAAGGAAGAAAUGAAGAGGAAAAAGGAGCAAGAGGAGUUGAGGAAUUAUUCAUCACUUAUGAAGAGUGAAAACAUGACCACAAACGAGGAUGGUAACGAUUCUGAUGAUUUUAUGUAACUGGGGGGGGGAGAUCUGCAAAGCAGACCUGACAUCUUAAACGGUGCGCAUGCUCAGAGGAACACCACAGCGUAAUGGAGGAACUUGCUUGCUGUGCAUCUGAAACACUAACUGUGCCAAUAAAGCAUUUUGCUUGGAUCAUCUUGGAGCAAAUUUACAGAUGGCUUCUUAUUUAAAAAACAAACAAACAAAAAACCCUCCCAACAAGAAAAAGUAACUUCUGAUGUGACUGUCCAUAAAGCGAGGAUUUGUUUUCAGGGUAUCCUUUUUGAUUUUUCUAUCGUGCAAAUUUUAGUUUUCAUUCUGUGCUUUUUCCUCUCCUUAAAUGAUUCUGCAUCAAUGACUCAUUUCUUUCCAGAUUUCUAUACAUGUGGAUUGUUGGUCUGUCAUGGAUUGUGUAGUUUCAUGUGCUGUAAAUCUGGGCUCAUUUCUUUUCUUUAGGCAUGAUGAGAGCUAGAUGCGCAAGCACACUGACUCUGAGAUGCAUGGCAGUGUAUAUAUGCUUGUCUUGGUUCAUUUCCUGUUUGUUUUUCUCAUGGAUGCAAUACAAUAAAUCUUAAACCACA